UUUUUUUUUUGGGAAUACAUGUCUAUAGAUUCUAUCAAAACGCAGAAAAUAAACAAACUUAGAUCUCGCAUUCAAACUGAAGACUUUGCUUUUUCUUCCAAUCUCUCUUCAGCCUUUGUCAUGGGUGUCAUGUCUUCUUCUACUGGCACUUUAAUAAAGACAUUGGAAGAAAAGAAUGAACAAACGUCUGACAAACUCAAACCAAUCAUGGUAUCCUUUUUAUAUAUGUAUAUGCCAUUACAUUAUAUGAUAUACAUGCUCUCCUAGUUACUCUUUAGAAAAGAACGACAAUAUUAUUCUUAAUUUCUAUAUUUGUUUUAUAUGUAGAUCAAUUCACGACCAACAUUACGACCACGUCCACCUAGGCUACCGAAGAGAGAUCAACCACGCAUGGAUCUUGCUUCUCAAUCUUCUCAAACUGAACCGACUCAUAUCAUCGACACUGAAGCGAUUCUACAACGACUGGAACCAUUUCUCAACAAAAUACAUCAGUAUUCAAUACCACAUGAUUCUCAAAAUAUAGACCCUAUACCUGAUCGAUCAUCAUUAUUUCAAGAAUUUCUAUGUCUAUCAUUUGACGAGGUGAAAACAGCAUGUGAACAUAUUGAUUUUACAAACUGGACAGAUGAUGCAUUGGCGGAUAUGUACGAUACUUUUGGAUCUAUGGAUAAUCUUGGACAUCUUGUUGCCUGUACUGUUGUCCAGUCUUCUCUCUAUCCUUAUGUUAUUAGAUUGAAGACAUCUUUGUCAAGGUUGUUGAUGAAUAGUGUUCUGCAAUUGGGGAAAGUACAUGGAAAUGUGAUAUUAAAUGGAUUGAUAUUUCCUCUAUUGAAUACUACUGAGAACAACAAAGAAGUAGGACAAUCUCAAAUGGAACUGAUCUCGAAAUUGAUCACCAAUUCACUCUCUCCUUCCUCUCGUUUGACAUUAUUGAAAUUCAUGAUUGCGGGAAACAGUAGCAUAGGUUUAACUCGUCACAACAUUAAAGGUAUUAUAUCGGAUUAUCCAAUGUUAUCAUCAUCAACGACAACAACAGUACCUUCAGAUACAAUCAUGCAACUCCUGAAUAUAAUAUCAAGUUCUCAACCUCUUAUAUCAUUGGAUACUAUGACAAUACGACAGCUGAUUCAAACUAGUCAUCAAGUUGUCCAAGCGAGACCCAAGGACAAGGCAUGUAUGCAACUCUUAUUGACUCUGACAAGUAAGCAUGCGCAAUCUUUGGUGGACGCAAAUAUAUUAGACGACUUGGAGGCCGUGUGCAAUGAAAGUAACAUGUUUUUGAAACGAUCUGUUCUUGGGCAAAUCGCAUCUAUCCGAAAGAAGACGCAAGAUUCACCCAGUGGAUUAUUAUAGUAUAGAUCUUUUUUUUUUUUGUAGUUUUUUGACAACAUAUACCCUUAC